AUGGGACAGUUGCUACAAGGAUCGCAGACGAGCUGGGCCAAUGCAGGACGCCUCCGCGAAGAAAAUGUUGGAAUGCUUUUAGAAGCCUUCAGUUGCUUCGACUCUUGCGCCGACCUUGCCUGGCAGCUGCUGGAGCGUGCCGAGGCGCGGGGCCAAUUCCCAGACGGGCCAAGCCUGGGCUGCUUUGCCGCCAGUUGCCGACGUCGCGGGAAGGGUGAGAGGAGCUUGCUGAAGAUCUACGCAAGAUGGCAGAGGAGACAGGGCAACGGUGCCCUAGAGUCCCUCUGCCUCAUCGCGGUGGCACGCCGGCUCGCCAUCGAAGGCCAGGCGGAAGAAGCCCUGCAGCUGCUGCAAAGUGCAGCUCAGCGGGUGCCUCUGGAAGCUGCAGCUGAUGGUGUUUGGUUGGCUUGUGGUGGACUCUCGGAGGAGCUGCCGCGGACGACUUGGACCAUUCGGUCCGGGCACGACUAUGCCAAGGAGCUGCGGCUUCUGCAGAGCCUUUUCCGCGUGGCUUCCAGGGACUCCAGCAGCGUCGCUGAAUUCAUGGAAUCCUAUGGAAAGGAGGAGCUCCCGCGCUGCAACAAGUGGCUGAAGAUCGCCGGAGGUCAAAAGGCCCAAGUCCUGAAAGUGGCGGCAGAGGCCAGCCCUGGAGGACUGGCCCUGGAGCUGGGCCUCUACUGCGGCUUCUCAGCUCUCCACCUGAGCUCUUCGAAAAGGGUCGUUUCUGUAGAGGCCGACCUCGCUCAUGCCCUCAUCGCAGAGACCCUCCUGAACUUUGCGAGCGUUGCACAUCAGGUCGAGAUUGUGGUUGGACAUACCGAGGACGUGCUUCCAUGGCUGCUGGGUGAAAUGCAGCGACGCAGCCAGCUGAACAUCGGCUUUGUGUUCAUGGACCAGCGCGGGUCCAGGUAUCACACAGAUCUUGACGUGCUGCUGCAGUCGGAAGUUCUGCAGGAUGGAGCCGUUGUUGUGGCAGACAAU